GGCACUGCUCAGUCACAGAACGGUGAAAUCGAGAGAGGGGAGAACACGCUCAGUUCCCCUGCUGACCCGCUUUAAAUCGUAAUGACACAGGGAUAAAACACCCGAAGCAAUUAGACUAACUUUUUUCUUUUUCUGGGACGAUAUACAGUCAACGAUCUCUUCUUUUUCUUUUUUUAAUUUUUUCAUUUUAUUUUGUCUUAAUCUGCCUUACCGGGUUUCUCUGUGAACGUCAAGCGGCUCCACGGCUUCAAGUUACACAUAUAGGAGCAAGCUGCAAGUUUCUAAUGGGCAGACCUUUGGAGGCGGCUGGCCCACAAGCAUGGGAUUAUUCGUCAAAUGUGGCGAGAAAAUAAGGAUCUGCUGCGGAACGAUGUGAGACGUUGCGCGUCUUGGAUUCUCGCAUUUCUGGAUAUCUUGAAAAUCGUUGGCAACAGUUGAGAAGAGAGGGGAUUUUUUUUUUUUUUUUUUUUUUUUUUUUUUUUUUUAAACGAUUGUGUGUGUACGUUCAUAUUGCUCCAACCUUGGGACCAGCAAUGGAUUUACACCUCCCGGCCCCUGUUUUCUGAUAUUAAUAUUAUUAUUUUCCCUAAAGAAAGUUUUUUUGCUUGAUAACAGCCGCAUCGGCUGCUUAAAAGUUUUGGAAACCGUCGCUCUGCCCUUGCUUUAUUUUGGACUGGAUUUCCAACACCAUGAACUUUAUUGACAGUUUGACACUAUUAUUUUUGACGCUGUCAGCUGUCAAGAGUGCCCACAUACCAGAGAAAACAGAGAGACGUCCACAUGACGUGAUCCCCUUAAUGGAGGUGUACAACAAGAGUUUGUGUCAGCCCCGAGAGGUGCUGGUGGAUAUCCUGCAGGAGUAUCCAGAGGAGGUGGAGCACAUCUUCAUCCCGUCCUGUGUGGUGCUGAAGCGCUGCGCCGGCUGCUGCAGCGACGAGAUGCUACAGUGCACCCCGACAGCCAUGUAUAACGUCACAAUGGAGAUUAAAAGAAUAAAACUCCAAAGGCAACAAAAUGACAUUUUCAUGAGUUUUACAGAACACAGCGCAUGUGAGUGUAGGUUAAAGACAGAAGUCCGAGAAAAGAAAGAAAAAAAACCCCGGACAGGCAAAGGCAAAGGCCUAAAGAGAAAGCGAAAGAAAAACCGUGACAAAACAAUUCACGAUGCUGUCUGUGAGCCAUGUUGUGAUAACUGCACAGAGAGGAGAAAGCGUUUGUUUGUGCAGGACCCUUCAACCUGCCGGUGCUCCUGCAAACACACAGUUGAAUACUGUAAAGAACGCCAGCUAGAGCUCAACGAGAAGACCUGCAAAUGUGACAAGCCGAGAAGAUGAGAGAGGUGCCAGCACCAGAUGUACAAGAUGAAGGAACAUUUUAAAGAUAUUUCACAGCACAGCACUUUGACCUUUAUACCCUAAGCUCUUUACUGUGGAAAGCAUUCCCCCUGGACUGACAGAACAAAGAGAAAAACUGAAGUUUCCUCCCUCUGUAUAUCUGUGUGUAUAUAGAUCAUAUUAAAAGAUAAAAAAGUACAGAUUUGAUAUGCUGCUACAGAAACAAAUAACUAAACCCAUCAUUUGACUAAAAGCAAAGUAGCCGUCAUGUGGUUUUGCAUCUCUAACAGGCUUUCGAUGCAGAUGUGGUCUUAUUGUUAAUUCAUUGUGCGAGAUUACUUCACUGGAUACGAGUCUACUGUGGUUGUACGUCAGUCAUAACAAGCAAAACCUCUAGAUAUAUUUAACUUCUAAAACGGCGGGUGAGACUGAAGAAGACAUGGGUGUGCUUUGCUUUCUGAGAUGUUGGUUGGACUUUCGUUGGCUGACAUGUUUGGAGAAAACGGACGCGACAAAUGGGACAGCGGAGGGAAAACUGUCUCUGCUCGAGAAUGCUUCACUCUGAGGACUCCUGCAGGAGUCCUGUGGACUCUCACGUUGACAAUGUUGCGCUCGGACGGGACUCUAGAAUGAUGGUGCCAUAUACUUUCAAAGGGAUACUGGUUGUUGAUAUAGCAUUUAAUGUUUUGCGAUGUGCUACAAGAAAACCACUGAAAAUAUCCUAUAUACUGUAGUUUGAUUCCAUUUGAAAACUGUGCCUGACACAAUGUACUGAGAAAUAUUUUUGAGUGCUUUUUAAAUUAUUUCUUGUUUCCUUUUCAAAGAGGAGAUUGUCAAAGUUGUUUUCUUUAUGGAACACUACAAAUUCAUAGAUUAUACAUCGCCUCUGUACUUGUACAUAGUCAAUAUCCCUUUAUGCCAUCGUCCAUUCUAGAUAAUUUAUAAUGUUAUAGAGUAUUUUUCAGUAUUCAGUCGUGUACACAUAUUUAAUUCGGUCUAUUUAUGUAUGCUGUGUUAUGUACUUGUAGCUGUCUUUUUUUCCAUAUGUGUAAGGUCACUGAUGGUUAUGCUCAGCAUGGAGGCUCUCUGUUCUUUUCUAUAAAACCAGUUUUUUUUUUAAAAAAAUCAAAAAUGAUAUGUUAACAUUCCCUAAAUGGAUUAUUUGUACUGCCUUACCAAUGACAUCUAUAUUUCAAGCCGUUGUCAUCUAAGGGGGCAGGUGCCAUGUAGAGUUUUAACUUUUAUGAGUGUGUCUGGUAUGAAUGUGUGGUCGAAUGAAAGUGUUCACCUGCCCGUAGGAGUUACUAAAUUGUAUUUAAGAAAGUAGCAAGCUUGUGUUUUGUUCAUUGUGCAAAAUGGAAUUACUCUACUACAAUAAACUACUGCUAGUAGCUAAGUAUACACUACCAUAGCACUACCGCAAAUUUAAAAUUGGAUCUCCAUUCUGACAGCCAUCAGUCUUAGAGCCUCUAUUAUAAGAUAUUUUUGUGUCUUCUACACUUUUAACAUGUUUUUUUGUGUCUAUGUAAAACAGUAAAGCAUAUUUAUUUUCAAAUCAUAUUGUUUUUAUAUAAAAUAAGGAAAAGGUUGCAGUGUUGUGAAUGCUGUGUUUUCAUGACAGUUAAUUAGGCAACAGUUUGAGGAUUUUAUUUUCAUAAAGUGCUACUUACGCAAAAACUUGGAUUCUCUGUUGCAAAUGUAAUGUGGAAGAAGACGAACUAGAGAAAAUAGAUUCCUUCACCCUUUUAAUGACCGACAGGCAUUCAGCCAUAUGAAUAAACACACACUUUGACAAA